GCGAUGGACGGACAGCCAGCCAUUGAGCCAUCCAAACCUCCACCCCACACCUCAUAUCUCCUUGUGCCACCCAUUCAAAUAUGAGUCCAGUGGUCUCAACGAAGCAGAGAGGAUAGCUAGCAUCUUGAGCUUGAGGUCAGUGGCAAGCAAGGAACGAAGGAAGAACAACAAGAAGAAGAAAGGACAUGGCAUCUGCUACUCUCCUCAAGUCCUCCUUCCUCCCCAAGAAGGCCGAAUGGGGCGUCGCGCGUCAGGUCGCCGCCCCCAGGGUGUCCAUGGUCGUUCGCGCCGGCGCCUACGACGAUGAGCUCGUCAAGACAGCGAAAACCAUCGCGUCGCCGGGGCGCGGCAUCCUGGCCAUGGACGAGUCCAACGCCACCUGCGGGAAGCGCCUCGACUCGAUCGGCCUGGAGAACACGGAGGCCAACCGGCAGGCGUUCCGCACGCUGCUGGUCUCCGUACCUGGCCUCGGCAACCACAUUUCCGGCGCCAUCCUCUUCGAGGAGACGCUCUACCAGUCCACCGUCGACGGCAAGAAGAUUGUCGACAUCCUGGCAGAGCAGGGCAUCGUGCCCGGGAUCAAGGUGGACAAGGGCCUCGUGCCGCUCACCGGCUCCAACGACGAGUCUUGGUGUCAGGGCCUCGACGGCCUCGCCUCCCGGGAGGCCGCCUACUACCAGCAGGGCGCCCGCUUCGCCAAGUGGCGCACCGUGGUCAGCAUCCCCAACGGCCCCUCCGAGCUCGCCGUCAAGGAGGCCGCCUGGGGCCUCGCCCGCUACGCCGCCAUCUCGCAGGACAACGGCCUGGUGCCCAUAGUGGAGCCGGAGAUCCUGCUGGACGGGGAGCACGGCAUCGGGCGCACCUUCGAGGUGGCGCAGAAGGUGUGGGCCGAGACAUUCUACCAGAUGUCCCAGAACAACGUCAUGUUCGAGGGCAUCCUGCUCAAACCCAGCAUGGUCACCCCUGGCGCUGAGUGCAAGGACAGGGCCACGCCGGAGCAGGUGGCCGACUACACCCUCAAGCUCCUCAGCCGCCGCGUGCCGCCCGCCGUCCCGGGCAUCAUGUUCCUGUCGGGAGGGCAGUCCGAGGUGGAGGCCACGCUCAACCUCAACGCCAUGAACCAGGGGCCCAACCCGUGGCACGUCUCCUUCUCCUACGCCAGGGCGCUGCAGAACACGUGCCUCAAGACGUGGGGUGGCCGGCCGGAGAACGUCAAGGCGGCGCAGGAGGCGCUGUUGCUGCGUGCCAAGGCCAACUCGCUCGCGCAGCUCGGAAAGUACACCAGCGACGGCGAGGCUGCCGAGGCCAAAGAGGGCAUGUUCGUCAAAAACUACAGCUAUUAAUCGAACCAUUCCAAUCAACACUACUACGUACGUUCGUUACCAAGCAGAAAGAUGCAUGAUAUAUCGAUCGAGCUGGGAGCCUGAACCUGAGAUGAUGAUUACUGUAUUUUCUAGAUCCUUUUUUACACGUUAAUUUGCCUCUCGAUAUGCACUUUACUGCUCCAGUAGAUUAUUCUAAAGCUACUUUUACGUGUGUGAUCCAUGGAUUUGCAUGGUUACUGCAAAA